AUGAAUCCUGAUGAUGAGAUUUCGAGAAUGGAAAGAGGAGAAGCCGGAACCAGCUUCUCGACUGCAGCAACUGAAACUUCGGAAAAGUCCUACGAAAACGCCUCUACGAGCAAGACAUUGAGCUUCCACUCUCCGAAUGCCCGACGUAAAAACUUGCGUACUCCUCGAUGGAUCAGGACCGCUCGAACGAGGCUGAGGAAAGGUUGGAACGGUCCUAGUCGACAGGCUUCAAAUCCUCCUCAAAAUGUCUCAAAUCCUACAAUCAGAACGCUCUCUGCAAGCCCUCAGGGGUACCCAAGGCUAGCCGCAUUUCUUGAUAGUGAUGAGAGCUUCAUGAUUUAUCGAAGAUUUGGGUUUAUACAGUCUCGUCUUAUUCUUGAUAAACAGGAUGAACUGCGCGAGCUCGAAAAGAGGUUGGACAAAUUGGACCGUGUCGAAGCGAAGAUCGAUGAGAGAUGGCCAAGGACUAGAGAUCUUCCAGAUGAACACUUAGAGCGAAGGACGGAGCUUCUGAAAGAGGUCGAGGAAACGUUCUGCUCUUAUGUGAAUCUUCUCAAUGCAGCCCGGAAGAUGGUCGCAAUGAAUCACCCUUCCAAAGUAGACUACAACAGCGUGCGAAAUUGGAUGCGCCUUCGUAACCCGCUCAUGGAGCGCGAGGCUUCCUGGAUCGACCAUGAAGAGGACAUGGUAACUUUGCGUGCAGGCCGCGAACAUGCUUGGCUAGACUCUAGCAUUGAAACAUUUCUACGAUGGUUUCAUUGCCCCCUUCUUGAGCAAGUCUUCGGAGAUGAGCGAUCUCGCACCAAGUCCUCCGGCACGAAGUCACCCGGCACGAAAUCCUCCGAUAUCGAAGUAUACUAUUCCAGACAGCAAGUUACUCGUCUUGCGAACUGUAUCAUCACCGCGAUGAUUUUAAUCCUUCUCAUCGUUCCAAUCUAUAUUCUCUAUCAUCUCAUCAACGAUGUCAAGACAGAUAAAGCGUAUGCAAUAUGUAUAGGUGUUCUUGUCGUCGCGACUUUAGCAUUUUCAGCAGUGCUGUCACUCUUCACGAAGGCCAAACGCCAUGAAAUCCUAGCCGCAGCCGCCGCGUAA